UGGGCCUGACAGUAUAUUGGAUGUGUUUAAUUGUGCUUUCACUAGAUCCCACAUUGGAAACACUUGUCAGUGAGUUCUCAUCGAACACUACUGUGUUACUCGGAAACGAUGCCACACUUUUAUGUACCAUUAAGUAUCAAACGGAGGGGAGUAUUGUUUUGUGGAAAAAGAUUGACUCGGGAUCGAAUAUACUGACAUUAAACAACAAAACGACUCACAAGGAGAAAUACGAAGUGGUGGAUCAAUAUAAUUUAAUGAUCAAAAGAGUUGGGUUCCAGGACGAGGGACUUUAUGAGUGUGAUACAGGAGAACAACGUCUGACAGUGGCCUUACAGAUAGCAGUUCCAAUGACAAACAUGUCCGUUCACUGGGACGUACCUGUGCCUUUCCAGCGGAACGCAUUCGUCAAUUUGACGUGUGUUUCUAUAAAUAGCCGCCCUCCCGCGACGUUACGCUGGUUCCGUGGAGCCCACGAAGUCUCCCACGCGUCAGUGAACAAUGACAAAACGACGCGGCAAAAUGGUUAUGGGGACUCUUCCAGCACUUUAGUCGGUCAGGUUUCCUCCGAGGACGUACCUUAUGUUUGUAUCGCAGACCUACCAGAUA